CGUGUUUCUAUACUCACCAUAAUUUGAUGACAACUAUGCUCUAAUACGUGGUGUAUAGUUCAGACAAUCCAUGGUUUUUGUGGUUUGUAUGUACAACAGUUUUUCUUCUGUCGUAAAAUGCAGCUUUCUUAAAAAUUUUGCUGCACCAGUGCGGCACAGGUAUCCUUGAUUUAUCACUGGCGUUUGUUUAACUUCGCUUACAAUAUUUCGAUACCAAAAGACACAAACAGCAGACGAUCUUCAACACGAUUUAUGCAAGAUUACUUCUAUGACAAGACAUAACACAAGUAUAGCAGCAUGACAGCAGUACAGGACUGAGUGAGAAGACACAACCAGGGUGCAUCCAUCCAGGAAUAUGAUUCAAUCAACCUUCAACCUGACUCACAAAGCAAAGAAUGACACUCCACUGCAGAUCGUUGAACAACGAUUUCAUGCAACUUAUACAGAACAAUGCAUAGGAAUUACUUUUACCGUCUUGCUAAUGGUUCUGACAAUCAUUAUCAAUCUUUUUGUUAUUACAACCAUCGUCAGACGAAAACCUGCUUUCAACAACUCGUACAUUUUCAUGAUUAACCUUUGUGCCGCGAACUGUUCAGUUGGUGUAUUCAGCAUGCCGUGGUGGAUCAUGUUAGAACUUUACCCCUUCAAAGAGUUGAUGGCAAGAUUAGGGUAUUUUAUGAAUUUCUUCACUUUUGUCGACAUACUGUGUGGUGUCGCUUCAAUACUGAACUUAACUGUAAUCAGUGUUGUGAGAUGGUUAACUGUAACAAACCCUCUAAACUGGAUGGCAGUGCUUACGAGGAAAACAUCUCUUUCAAUUAUUAUAUGUGUAUGGUUGUACGGCAUCGUUGUUGCUUCCAUGAAGUUCGUACGCUGGCCCAAAAUACACAGUUAUUCUUUAUUUGUCUUCGUGCUUGGCUUCGUCAUUCCAUUUACAAUACUCGGAAUAGCAUAUGGACGAAUGUUCUUCCUCGCCAAGUACUUACGAGAGCCAUCGGAGAGAGCCUGGAAAACUAAAUACACCAAAGAGUGCGAACAAGUGCAGAUUUUGAGAUCUCUUGAAUGGAACACAAAGUUUCAGAGAAAUUUUCGAGGAAGUAAAACCAUUGCCAUAGUAACGGGUACAUUUCUAUUGUCAUGGCUACCAUUUUUUGCCAUUAGUCUGUGCUUUAGUCUCAUUCCGGGUAUUAAUUACAGUCUGGCAUUAGCAGCUAAAUGGUUGGGAUAUACUAACGCUCCUCUAAGUCCUGUAGUGUAUACUUUGCUUGAUCAGCGUCUCAAGAGGGCGGUUAUGAAGUCUGUUCGUUCAAUGAAACAUUGUAUUUGUCAACCACUAACUGGCUAUUUCUAUAAAAAAACUCAACGGUAACAAAACAUGAAGGAAAUCUGCUGUCUGCAAGGUGAUAAAACUGUAAUCAGGUUGGAUAUCAUAGAUCGGCUAUAAUGAUUACUGGUACAGCUCAUGGUAUAAUAUGUCACGUUGACUUCGUUACCAGAACUGCGGGAGCUGACUUUAUUUCUUUAUUCUUGUGCCAAACAAAAACCACAUGGUUUCUUUUUUCAGUUGGAAACCAUAGCAACAAGAAAACCAGCGCCGAAAGGGUUUCUUAUCUCACAGGGAACAAAGACCAACAUGAACAAGAUGGUCCGUGUACUGACUUGUAAACUGAUUGCAUUAUCCGUAUUCUGUACCUCAAAAUUAUCCUUAGAAAACGAUAGUUUUCGCAGUUCACAUCAUAGAACUACUUAGAAAUAAUAUAAAUCUAUAGUUUUUUACUUACUGAAUACAAUCAUCAGUCAUUUAAUAUAUAAAACAGCAUAAAUAGUAAAUUAAAAAAAAACAUUAAGGCUGACCAUGAACCGAAGAGUUUUCAAUGUUAGAACUAGAUACGCUUUUCAAUAAUAUACUAUCUAUACAUUCGUCAGUGCUGCAUGUACAGGAAUCAUACCAUACGUAGAAGAGUCACAAAUGAUGGUAUAUCAACAAUAUAGGGAGGGAGGGAGGGAUGGGGGGAUUUAUCCCCCCACAACCCUACUUGACAAAACCAAGUCAAAUAAACUUUAUCAGGACAUAUUCAAAAUAAACUUUACGUAUCGCUAUA